UUUUCCCUGUUUGACCUAAGGUCUCUUAGGGCAGGAUUUCCUUCGGCUUCAAAGCAGACACAAAAAUAUAUUUAGUUUUUUUUAUUGUCAGACAAAACCAGGAUAGGCCUACAUUAUCAUCAUGUUUUGCCAUGUUUGAUUUAAGAUCCAACGAUAUGAGUGGAGUCUUACAAUUAACCCAGAAGGCAACAAGGACGCAGAUGUCACAAAUGGAGACUCGAACCGGCGGAGAGUUAUCUUUGGAAAGAAGUGACCAUAUUGCAUUUAUGGAGAGCGGUGUUUUGUACGUUUGGGGCGGAUGUCAGUCUAGCUCUGGAACAGAAACGGUGUUACCCAGUGAUGAGAUUUGGUUUUACGAUUUGGACAGCGGAGUAUGGGACAAGUGGGAAAUGGACGGGGAAGUCCCCCCGGCCUUAUCAGGUGCCAGUGGCUCUUAUCAUAAUGGCACCCUGUACAUCUUUGGAGGCUGUGACACUAACGGACACACCAACCAGCUGUACAGUGUAGAUCUAAAAAAGGAGAGCUGCAUUUGGAAGAAAGUGACAGACACCAUAGGAACUGCCCCGUCACCCAGAGAUAAACACAGCUGCUGGGUGCACAGAAACAGACUGAUUUACUUUGGAGGAUAUGGAUGUAAAACUAUUCGAGAAGUCAACAACUCAAAGAGCUUCACAGUGGAUGAAAUGUCUUUGGUGACAACAGGGAAUCCAUUCUUUAGGUUUUGGGGGUGGAACAAUGAGGUCAAUGUCUUUGACACUCUCACUUCUGCGUGGAGUGAACCAGAAACUCACGGUGUUGCCCCUGCCCCCCGAGCGUCUCAUGCCAGUGCCACCCUUUGGUCUAAAGGUUACGUGUGUGGGGGUCAGGAGACUAUGCACCUGGACAUCCAUUGUCUAGAUCUGGACACCUGGACGUGGACACAAAUUGCACCCUCCUCGUCAUGCAUACCCCUGGGGCGUUCCUUACACACCCUGUGCCCUGCGUCUGACAACACACUGUUCUUGUAUGGUGGAUUGGGUAUUACUGGAGAGCCAAUGAGUGAUGGGUGGGAGUUUGACACACAGAGGAGAGAAUGGAGAGAACGGGUUCACCCACACCGCGACAAGCCCAGGUUGUGGCAUUCCGCAUGUCUGGGCAAGGACAAUGAUGUGGUUGUGUUCGGGGGUUGCAAAGACUUCUCCCUACUGAUGGACUCGAUCACUAUCCUAAGGUCCCCGUUGCAAAACCACUGCAAAGACAUUCUUGUGUUCCAGAACCAACCAUACCCCCUCCUCAGAUUAUGUCAGGACUGCUUAGGACAAAACGCAGAGCUUGUGCAAGAACAAAUAACAUGGCUGCCACCAAAACUCCUGACAACCGUGAACAAAAAAGUAACCUUUUCAAGUAACUGUCCCAAGGAUAAAACACAGCUGGACUCAAUUUUAGUUUGACAUCAUAUAGGUUUACUCAGACAAAGGCUGUUUCCUACAAUUAUUCACUUUUGUGCCAUGUUUUUAUUUAUAAUUUGUAAUCAAAAUCGAACCCUUUUAUUUUUUAACUCAAAAUUCUGUCAGACAACAAACGGAAGAGAUCUACCACUAUAAUAUCGUUAAAAGCAUAUUUAAGUAAUACUAAUUAUUAUGUGAAUACUCUUUUCACAUCACAUAACAGAAAUCAGGAU